UUUCCCUCCUCUUUGUUUUGGGCAUUGAUGAGGAGGGUUAGAAGCAGAAAGAAGGCAAUGGGGGAGAGUUUGCCCUGGCUCUGCUUGGAAGCCAAGUGAAGGGGAAAGAGAUGUGACAGACAGCUCCUAUCCUUGGGCGAACAUCCCCAACACAGCGCAGUCUACCUGCUUUCCACUGGGAUGCCAAAAUGCUGGACACCAUCCAUACUGCAGUCCUAGAGAGUGGCAGGAGCCUGUUUUAUACCCUCUCCAAGCUCACUUCAGAGGAGAUCUUUAGUAUUUGGGACACCGUUUUCGAAUUUGUUGAAAAGCAGCUAUCCAUGAAUAAGGGUGUCCUAAUACCAGGGUUGGGCACAUUCUCCUUCUUACGGCAGAAACUUGAAAUUGGCUCCAAUAAAUACAGCCUCAUCCAAAGGCCUGUGUUCCUUCUGUCUGAGAAACUUGUGCAGAUUCAUGGACUGAAGCGUAGCAAAAUAUACACUCCAGGUGAUAUCCCAAUUGUUAAGCUGAAUUUCAUCGUGUUAUCCCUGGAGGGCCCCUUUAACAGGGAGACUGUGGAAGGAUGUGUCCGAGAGACGCUCUUGUUUUUCUCGCGGUCCAUUGCCAACAAGCAAAAUGUGGAGUUCACUUUCAAGGGAAUCGGCGUCCUCGUUAUCCGGGACAACAAAGUGAAAAUGAAAUUCUAUAAAGACUUCAUUCAGGCCAUGGACGGGAGCGGGAAUUUGCUAAAAGCGCUUUCAAACAGGCCGGGGACAGUAGAUUCAGUGUUGUCAGGCAGGGAAACUUCAUUUCCGCUUUCCCGAAACACGAUCAUGUUUCCAAGGAUGGAACUGAAGGAGAUGGAAACAAUCGCUGAAGAAGGUGAGAAGCCGAGCAAAGAAAAGGAGCAAACAGAGAAAGAGAACAGCAAAAAAGAACAUCUUUCACCAAAGCGCCUUCUCUGCCGCCAAGCCAUUUCCCCAGCCAAAGUAACGGGGGUCAGUUUGACGGACGAGUUUGAAAAGAACCUUGUUAAAACAGCCCCUCCAAGGCCAAUAGCACCUGUUUCCAAUCCGAAGACAGAGCAAGAAGCUAGCCUUGCCCAAAUUCCUGCUCCGCGACCCAGGACUCCAGCUCGGCUUUGUCAAGAUCAUGGUAGGGCAGGACAGGAAAUGUGCUACCUGUGCAUGCAACGUGCUCAAAGGAGUGUCCCCCUUUACUUGAAUGAAGAGAAGAGGAGGAAAGAGAAAGAGGAGGACAGGGUACUUGCACAGUACCUAACCCUAAAAGACCAUGACGCCCUUCGGAAGCAGCAGCUAAGAGCCUUGGUGAACAGAGAGCAGAACCAAAAAAUAGCAGCAUUUAAUCUGGGAGUUGCUGAAGCCCUAAGAAGCCAGAAGCGUGAAAAAGCUGCAGAACUUUACAAAUCCUACAUUUUUGAAAAAAGGCCGCUUAGUGCUACCCUUCAACAAAAACAUGAUGCGGUAUACUCAAAAGAGUUGGCAAAACAGUUGGAGGAGAAGACCACGAAAGAAACCAAGCAGAAGAAGGACCAAGACCUUGUUGAGCGUCUAGAGCAAGUGCAGCUGGCAGAAGAGUUAGCUGCCCAAAGAGCAAAGUAUCUCAAGGAUAGGAUGAACGAGACACAGUGUUACAAGAAGGCAUUGGAUUUGCAGAUAAAGAUGAAGCCGGCUCCGUUGCCUCACUGUGAGCCUGACUCGAACGAGGCCAUCUUUGGGAAGAACGACCUGAAUAAAGGGAAAAUGGAGGACAGAAGGAAGCGAUCCCGGGAUUUUUCCAGACAUCAGCUGCAGGCUGCUGCGGACCACAAGCGGGCUGCAAUCCUCAGCCAGCUGAUAGAUCAGAGGAGGGCAGAAGAUAUGAUCCAGAGGGCAAGGAAACAGUGGCUUGCUGAAAAAGGAUCAAGGCUUGAGAAGAUCUUCCAGAUGAAUUUAGCUAUGCGGGACGAUUGGGAGAAGAGCGCCGAGCUGAAAAGGCAACGGGAUUAUGAAGAGAAACUCUUUCAACGAGCUGGGGACAAGCUCCUUCUACUUGACCAGUGCGCAAAGUAUCGCCGUUGUUACCAGUGCAAGAGGGGCUUGAGCAACUGUGGGGAAGGUGAUGAAUGGACAGACAAUAAGUAUAUCCCUGGCUCCCGGUUAAUAGUUUGAGGACACUUCACGUUCCUGCUUCUACCCUUGCCUCCUUUCAUCGUGUGAAAACUGGCCACAGCGAUGUGCUUAUGAUUUGGUCCUUGCUACACACUGUAGCAAUUAUUGCUGCUUUCCAACUUGAGAUUUUUGUCCUCUGUUUGGUAGGUUUUUAUGAAGAAUUAUGUUGAAUUAAAAAAAUAUGAAAGUGUUCUGGGAACAACUUUGUUGCUCUGGUGCUAAAUAUGAAAUUAACUUAGAUUUGUUUAAAGAGAUGUGGUUUGGGGAGAUGGAUUGGGGGAUUGUUCUUAUAAGAGAUGUACCUAGAGUUCCCAACCUAAAGCUGGACCCUGAAGUUCUCCUGGAAUUAGAACUAGUCUCCAGGCUGCAAGCAAUCAGUCCCUCUGACGGUAAUGGCAGUUUCGAAGUGUGGCGUCUACCCUCCCCACAUACCACACCUAGAUCUCCAGGAGUUCCCUCAAAUGACAGUUGUCAACCCCAGAUAAAUGCUAUUGUUUUUUCUUAUUGUUAGAUGAACAUUAUGUAAAAACGGACAGAUGUUAUUUAAAAUAUUUGUAUGCUGCCUUCCCUCUCAGCUUGU